GGCCAAAUUCAUCGGGCUGAAUCCAUGGAGACUUCUGUGCCCGCUAGCCUCCUAACCCAUUAGACCGCGCCCAAGCGUGACACCACCCGCAGGGCAACAGCGACGAAAUCCUCCUGGGGUCUUUCUAGAGCAACUGCGAUGAUGGGCUUACUUCGCAUGCAGGUACUGUGAUGUAUAAAGCAAUAACCCCGCGCUAUUGAACCUUUAUGUCCGAGGCACAGAGUCUGACAUGUCUGGCUGCUGCAUGACCUACGUGCGCGCGGCCGAAAGGCGAACCUGCUAGCGACUGCAUGCGCUAUUCCCUCCAGAGACACCUCUGUUAUUGGUGCCAUCGCAGGCUAUCUCGGACCAUGCACGACACUUCAAUCAUGGCCACUCGUGACGCAACACGCAAAACAGACGCAAUAACCGCGCGCACUGACAAUCCAGGACUGUAUUCGGCGCCGCACAGAGAGCGUCGCGCACCGCAAAUUCACGUCAUCCGCACCCGUAGCCUCUGUGACAUCGAAGUGACCCUCCCGGACGGUACCUCCACCCAGGCCCUCCCGGAUCUACAAGAACCUCGCGCAGGAGCAUGGCGUCGGUCGCGAUGCCCAUUACGCCGCAUCAGCUCCUUCCAUCCGCCUCAGCCCCAGCCCCGGCCCCAGCCCCAGGCCCACUCGCGCUUCGCCAUCUCGAGGGCACUUCCCAAAGGCUUCUGCGUUGACGCAAACUCGAGCCCACGGUGGAGGCGAAGGCAGACGCGAAGCCCGCGCUCGGAGCGCGAAGCUCGCACAGCUGACCGCACGCAGGGGCGCCUCCCACGACUGAAUGCCAACUCUCUUUACCUGCCUGUACAGGGUGCGAACGCGCGAACCGGCGGCACCGCACGGGGGCGGUCAGGCGGUCGCAGUCGUGGUCGUGUGCACGCCCCCAGCCGUGUCCCGUUCUGCUCAGUGAUCUUCUUCUUGCCUUCCAUGCGCAGCAUCGCGAUUUGAGGGACGUGUCGAGGACGCUAUUUAGUUUUACGAAAUUGGAGGCUGCCUGAUUCGAGGGAGCAGUUCGAAUCGGCGGCUCAGAUCAUCAUUUACCAGGGAUCAACUGGCUGCGGUGUGACUUGCGAGAUCGCGGCGACCCCAAAAACAAAUUCUCAUAAUGAAAUCGUGCCUCAAGGUA